AUGUUGCGCUGCUCCCCCGGACGCCAUUACAUCUUUGAUGCGUGUUAUGUGCUCAACCUUGACCGCCGACGGGACCGCUGGGCCCAUGUUCAGCGGCAAAUUGCUCGCGUCGGGCUUGAAAAGUUUAUACAGCCGCCCGCAAAGGUUACCCGGGUGAGUGGCGUCGAUGGGAACUCGCUUGAUGUGGAGGCGUUGCAUAGGGACGGUGUCAUUACAGAUCUUGGCUAUACCCGCUUUCUUCUUCCCACGGAGGAGAAGCUGUUUGGAAUGGAUCUCACACGCGGCGCCAUUGGCUGUGCGCUUGGGCACCGCAAGAUAUGGGAGAUGAUUGUGGCGGAGCGACGCACACGUGCGUUGGUGCUCGAAGACGACGUUGAGUUUCACCACAAGUUUGGUCGGCUGCUGGGGCCACUGUGGAAAAGGGUACCAGCAGAUUGGGGCAUUGUGCAUCUGGGUGGACUGGACCUUCUUGCCGCGGAGAAGCCACCUCGACCAUUCAUUGACGACGGCAUUCGCCUUGCCUAUCAGGGCCAUCGUGAACUUACCGCAUAUGUCAUUCAUCACAUCUCUGCAAAACGCUGUCUUGAAUUGUCAACGCCAAUGACAUGGCAAGUGGACACGCAUAUUAGCAAUAUUGUGGAGUCCGAUCCGGAGGCGCAGGACAAGUAUAUUGUAGACCCCAAGAUGUACGUGUUUCAGCCUUCUCUUGCGAUUCAAAUCACCUCCUUCGGAACCGAUGUGCAGAAGCGACCAUCUGAAAACCCUCCACUUGAAGACGCCGCGCGGCGAAUGCGUGAAUUUAUUGGUGGAGGGACUUCUGUGCGCUGA